GAGGAGGAGGAAACAUGGAAACAUGGAAACAUGGACUAGCAGGCAGCAGAAAGCCUGUUGGCUCAUUACUAGGCUGCCUGCGUUCAGUGAUUUAAUAAAUCCGUUUGCCACAGGAGUGGCUUGCAGGGAAGGAUUAAAGCACUUGUGUACCUUCUCUUGGGAACGUUCAGUUCACACCCGUUGCAGCAAAGUGGUGAUCAAUGCGUUUCUUGAAGGAGUUGAUGGUCUCUGCGCUAACCACUUCAGCAGGAAGGCUGUUCCAGUGGCGAACAACUCUAUUCGAGAAAUAACUCCUGCCGAUGUCGGUAUUGCAUCGCUUUGCUUGAAUUGUUUUUCCGUUGUUUCUUGUUCUCAGGUUAGUUUGUAGCGUGAAGAGUUUGGAGUGAUCAACGUUGCUGUGUGUGUAUGUGCGCUUUCUGUUCGUUCGACACUCCCUGCCCGGUCGGGUUCUGGAGGCCAUUCUGUUCUCAAUCCCAGAGGUGACGAAAGCGGUUUUCUGCCACAAAACCGUAAUUCUUUUUAAUUUCAUAACGUCACAAUCGCCAAUUAUGAAGCUCUUCGUAGUGUGGACGCUGGUCUUGGUGCUGGGAAAUCUGGGAGCCGGCAGGCAGUCACUAGCCGACGGAGGGGGCUCCAAGGGGCUCCCGCAGGACGGGGCGGCCUCCCUUACCCUGGAAAACACCGAUGUGGACCCAUGCCGAAAACAAGACGAGGGGGGACUCAAAGAGUUACCCAAAGUUUAUGAUCUAACGAGCAUGAAGCCAAGCUUGGAAAAUGGCACUCAUAACACCAUCAAGACCGUGGAAAGAAGAGUCAUUAACAAUACAGACGAGGCGGGGCAUUUAACAGGAAACAAGACAGUCGUUGAAAAGACGACAGAGACUGACGUACAGCCCAACCGAAAUGUAUCAAAGACUACGGAAGCACAAGUCGUUGUUGAUGAGAAAGGUAAAGAAAGUGGCGAAAAACAUGUCACAGAGAGCGAAACGGUGACGCAAAGCACUCCAGACAACGGAACCUUAACACAGACGGUGGACGUGAAAACUGUAACGGACGAAAAGGGCAAUGAAAUAAACGAGGAGGUUGUUAUAAAGAAGGAAGCAACAGUACUUACUAAUGACACUAAAGAAAAGCCGAAGGACGAUAAAGCUGCAACUCUUCUUCUUCCGAAGGAUGACCAAGGUAAAAACAAAACAGAAACUACAGAAAUAACAGAGGAAAGAAAGGAGACUCUGCCCGACAAUACAACGCAUGAAGUCUUAGUAAAAGAGAAAGAAGAAAUAUUGCCUUCACAGAACAGCACUAAAGUGACAUCUGUGGAGACGAAGAAUAUUACAGAGAUGGGUGAUGGGCUUCAGAAGACAGAAAUAACAGAGGAAAGAAAAGAGAUUCUGCCCAGCAAUAUAACGAAUGAAGAUGUAUUGAAAGAAGAAAUAUUGCCUUCACAGAACAGCACUAAAGUGACAUCUGUGGAGACGAAGAAUAUUACAGAGAAAGGUGAUGGGCUUCAGAAGACAGAAAUAACAGAGGAAAGAAAAGAGAUUCUGCCCAGCAAUAUAACGAAUGAAGAUGUAUUGAAAGAAGAAAUAUUGCCUUCACAGAACAGCACUAAAGUGACAUCUGUGGAGACGAAGAAUAUUACAGAGAUGGGUGAUGGGCUUCUGAAGACAGAAAUAACAGAGGAAAGAAAAGAGAUUCUGCCCAGCAAUAUAACGAAUGAAGAUGUAUUGAAAGAAGAAAUAUUGCCUUCACAGAACAGCACUACAGUGACAUCUGUGGAGACGAAGAAUAUUACAGAGAAGGGUGAUGGGCUUCUGAGGGCAGAACAAACAAAGGAAAGAAAGGAGACUCUGCCCGACAAUACAACGCAUGAAAUUGUAGUUAAAGAGAAAGAAGAAAAAUUACCUUCACAGGAUAGCACUAACGAGACAUCCGUGGAAAGUAAGAAUGUUACAUAUAAGGGCGAUGGAAAAGAUGUCGAGAAAGAAACUGUAAUUCAAAAAGAAGUCGUUAAGAAUGUGUGUAAUGGCGACAUCAAGGAGGUUCGUGACGAAGGACAUCUUAAAGAAACAGCUGAAGACCUGAAGCACCAAGUUAGCGACGUGAAGAACAAGAUUGAGGAAGAAAAGGCAAAGGCUGAGGAAACAAGUCCUACGCCGACCCAAUGGAUAGAACAAAAACCAGUUGCCGCCCCUGUCAUCCAAGAAGGCAAGGUCGUUAGAAAGGUAGUCCCUGCUAUGAGGCCAAUGAAGGUCGUUAGAAAGGUAGUCCCUGCUAUGAGGCCAAUGAAGGUCGUUAGAAAGGUAGUCCCUGCUAUGAGGCCAAUGAGGGUCGUUAGAAAGGUAGUCCCUGCUAUGAGGCCAAUGAAGGUCGUUAGAAAGGUAGUCCCUGCUAUGAGGCCAAUGAAGGUCGUUAGAAAGGUAGUCCCUGCUAUGAGGCCAAUGAAGGUCGUUAGAAAGGUAGUCCCUGCUAUGAGGCCAAUGAAGGUCGUUAGAAAGGUAGUCCCUGCUAUGAGGCCAAUGAGGGUCGUUAGAAAGGUAGUCCCUGUUAUGAGGCCAAUGAGGGUCGUUAGAAAGGGUGUGCCCUCGGUGAGACAAGGAAAAGUCUUCGUUGUGCAUCGAGUUGUUGAAUACGUCACCCCUUCGGUGGUAACAAAAAGAUUCCCCGUUGUGACACAGAAGAAGGUUCUUGCAAAGGUUCCCCCUACGGUGACAGAAGGAAACAUCCCCGUUGUUACAGAAAAGAAAGUUACUGAGAAUCUUAUCCCCUCUGUGACAGAAGGAAAAGUGCCGGUUGUGACAACUGAGAAGGUUGCUGAGCAGGUUGCCCCUUCGGCAACAGAAGAGAUCGUCAGUGUCCCCAAGGAGCAAGAAAAUGUCCCUGUCAUGACAGAAAAAGAGGUUGAGAAUCUUAUCCCCUCUGUGACAGAAGGAAAAGUACCGGUAGUCCCUCAACAGGAGAUUGUUGACAAGGUUGCCCCUUCGGCGACAGAAGAGAUCGUCAGUGUCCCCAAGAUGCAAGAAAAUGUCUCUGUCGUAACAGAAGAAAAGGCUGAGAAUCUUAUCCCCUCUGUGACAGAAGGAAAAGUUCCGGUUGCGACAACAGAGAAGGUUGCUGAGCAGGCUGCCCCUUCGGCGACAGAAGAGAUCGUCAGUGUCCCCAAGAUGCAAGAAAAUGUCUCUGUCGUAACAGAAGAAAAGGCUGAGAAUCUUAUCCCCUCUGUGACAGAAGGAAAAGUUCCGGUUGCGACAACAGAGAAGGUUGCUGAGCAGGCUGCCCCUUCGGCGACAGAAGAGAUCGUCAGUGUCCCCAAGAUGCAAGAAAAUGUCUCUGUCGUAACAGAAGAAAAGGCUGAGAAUCUUAUCCCCUCUGUGACAGAAGGAAAAGUUCCGGUUGCGACAACAGAGAAGGUUGCUGAGCAGGCUGCCCCUUCGGCAACAGAAGAGAUCGUCAGUGUCCCCAAGAUGCAAGAAAAUGUCUCUGUCGUAACAGAAGAAAAGGCUGAGAAUCUUAUCCCCUCUGUGACAGAAGGAAAAGUUCCGGUUGCGACAACAGAGAAGGUUGCUGAGCAGGCUGCCCCUUCGGCAACAGAAGAGAUCGUCAGUGUCCCCAAGAUGCAAGAAAAUGUCCCUGUCGUAACAGAAGAAAAGGCUGAGAAUCUUAUCCCCUCUGUGACAGAAGGAAAAGUACCGGUAGUCCCUCAACAGGAGAGUGUUGACAAGGUUGCCCCUUCGGCAACAGAAGAAAAAGUUCCUGUUGUGGUAAAAGAGAAAGUCAUUGAACAGGCUGCCCCACAAGAAAGGGUUAUUGAAAAGGUUCCCCUGCGGCGACAGAAGAAAAAGUUCCUGUCGCGGUCAAAGAAAGUUAGUGAACAGGCAGCCCCUUCGGGGACAGAAGAGAUUGUCACUGUUCCCAAAGAGCAAGAACAAGUCCCUGUUGUAACAGAGGAAAAGGUCGUUGAAGAGGUUGCCCCCUCCGUAACAGAGGAAAAAGCUCCCGUUGUGACAAAUCAGACGGUUGUCGAAAAGAUUACUCCUACCGCAACAGAGGAAGAAGUUGUCACUCAACGGAAGCUCGUUGAGAAGGUUGCCCCCUCUGUCGAGGAAAAUGUAGUUGACAUUCCAAAGAGGGAGGAAGUGUAGUUGACACAAUUGCUCCUGUUGUAAAGAAGGCAAGUACAACAGAGUAGUGAUACCGUGUUGCUGUUUCUAUUAUCAAUUUCGUUACAUUAU